CAUGAUCCGGGCUGUUCCAAGCAAUGCAUCAGACAAUGUUUACUGUACACUUCUUGCUCAGAGCGCAGUUCAUGGUGCAAUGGCUGGUUACACUGGCUACACCAGUGGUCUUGUCAAUGGAAGACAAACAUACAUCCCUUACUACAGGAUAACAGAGAAACAGAACAAUGUAGUAAUUACGGAUAGAAUGUGGGCGAGGCUAUUGUCUUCUACGAACCAGCCAAGUUUCUUGGGGCCUAAGGAUAUAUCUGAAGAGAAGAAAGAGAUGCCAGAGACGCCGCUUCUUGACGACGGAGCUGUCGAUAUCCCUCCUGUGACUAAAGAGGUCACUAAGUGAAGUUUCAGGGCAUGAUGGCACAUAUUCAAACAGUAUUUUGCUCAGAGGUUUCUGAAACGAUGCCGUUUUAGGCGAAAGUGGAAUAAUUGUUACCCUGACGAUUUUGCCCUUUUGUUGGCAUACACAAAACACAAAUUUUAGUUUUCUUCUUAGAUGAUGUUUAUUAGUUUUGUAAUAUUUUUUGCACUUUCAAGUUUUAACAUCUGAAUGAAUGAAUAAAGUAAUCUUCGUAACGUUUAAUCA